AGUUUAAAUAAAGUAAAUAAAUUAUUUAUUGUUAUAGUAAUGACAGUGUGGCUGUGGUUCAUAAAUAAAAUGAUAAUUAUUUUUAAUUUUAUUAAAAAUUUAUUAUUUUUUAAUAAUAAAUUAACUAAGUCAAAUAUAUUAUAUCAUAGUAAUAAUUAUUUAAUAAUUAAUAAACCUUAUGAUAUGGUUGUUAAUAGUAAUGAUGUUACUGUCAAGAAAACUCUAGAAAAUGAAUUAAAAAAAAUGUUUCCAUCUCUAGCAAACCCAUCACUAAAAAAUGGAUUUCAUUUUGUACACCGUCUUGACUAUCCAACAAGUGGAGUAAUUUGUAUAGCAUUGAAUAAAAAUGCAGCACGUCAAGAUACUAGAGAGAUUUUUGGAAAUAAAAAAAUGUGUACAAGCGAUGAUGAUCAUUGUAUAAAACCUCGCGAUAGCUCUACGUUAUUACUGGUACUAGAAAAAGGAUUUUGCGAUGGAAAACCAGCGACUAAAAUUUUAUUACGGCCAAAUACAGGUCGGAGACAUCAAUUAAGAGUACAUUGUUGUUACAUUGGUCAUACUAUUAUCGGCGAUUAUACUUACAGUGAUCGCAAGGAUUUAAAACCUCAUAGGACAUUUUUACAUUCUUUUAGAUUAGCUUUGGACAGUGAAGUUGAAAAAUUUGAUGUUCAAACAUCAGAUCCUUUUAACAGCGAAUAUUAUUUUAAUAAAUGGGUACCAAUUAAUUUUAUUUAUACUUUAGAUAGUAAUACUUUUGAUACUAUAGAUAAAUUAUUAUAA